GCGGGGAGAUCUGGGGUUCAAUAAGUUCUCCAAGAAUGUGAUUUCCUUUUCUCUUAGAAUAUUUCAGGAGUUCGGAGUUAGUUCAAGAUGCAUUUACGAUCAUAUUCGCGGAUUGCGUUGCGUCAUUGGCUGAAUUACAGUGGUCUGAUUCAGAGACAGUCACCACGGACAGCUCGGUGCUUUCAUGCUACUGCCAAAGCUCUGGUCAUAAAACCCUUUCUUCUGGCGGACAUUGGAGAAGGAAUCCGAGAAUGUGAAAUCAUCCAAUGGUUCGUAGAACCAGAAGCCAGAGUAGAGGAAUGGGACAAGCUCUGCGAAGUCCAAAGCGACAAAGCCUCCGUCGAAAUCACAAGCCGAUUCGCAGGAGUGAUCAAGAAGCUCCAUUAUGAAGCCGGGGAAAUGGCCAAAGUGGGCAAACCUCUGGUGGAUAUCGAUAUACAGGGAGAGAUCAAGCAGGAGGAUCUAGCUGCUGUGACUGAGGGAGAGGAAUCUCAGAUCCAGGCAGAGGAUACGGAAGCUCGGGUUCCAGAAGCUGAGCCUGCUCCUGAGACUCCCGCUAUGGAGGAGGAAGCACCAUCACCACCAAAGGGCAAACAUGCUUCACUAGCUACGCCCGCCGUCCGACAUCUAACGAAAGAGUUAGAUGUCAACAUCGAGGAUGUCCAAGGCACAGGCCGAGACGGCCGAGUCCUAAAAGAAGACGUCUACCAAUACGCCAAACACCGCGACACAACCCCUUCAACUCCCAGCAAACAACCCACCACCCCAGGCCAACAAACCGAAACCAUCACCCCCCUCUCAACAACCCAACACCAAAUGUUCAAAACAAUGACCAAAUCCCUCUCCAUCCCGCACUUCCUCUACGCCCAAGAACUCGACCUCAUAACACUCUCCUCCCUCCGCCACCGCCUCAAUAAAUCCCUCUCCCUCACCCCCCAAAACGGAAUCUCGAAACUCUCUUUCCUACCCUUCAUCAUAAAAGCCGUCUCCAUGACCCUAGCCCAAUACCCGAUCUUAAACGCACGCGUAGACACCGACCCCAAGACCACUAAACCCACCCUCGUGUACCGCUCUCAGCACAACAUCGGCAUAGCAAUGGACACCCCAUCCGGCCUCCUCGUCCCGGUCAUAAAAGACGCCGCCUCCCUGUCAAUCCUAGACAUCGCGGCCAAGAUAUCGAGACUCCAAUCCCUGGCCUCAGAAUCUCGACUCUCGUCCGCGGAUCUAUCGUCCGGGACGAUCACGGUGUCGAAUAUCGGCUCGAUAGGCGGGACCUACGUCUCGCCCGUGAUCGUGGAGCGCGAGGUCGCCAUCCUGGGUAUUGGGAAGGUGAGGAGUGUUCCAGCGUUUAACGAAGAGGGCACGGUGGUGAGGAAGGAAGUGUGCAAUUUUAGCUGGAGCGCGGAUCAUAGGGUUAUUGACGGGGCGACGAUGGCGAGGGCUGCUGAGAUGGUGAGAGGGUUCGUGGAGGGCGUGGAGGGGAUGGGGAUUCAUCUUCGGUGAGCCUGUUCCCGACAUCGGGAUAUCAGACGAAAUGUUGUGUAAAGGGGAAACGACCAAUGGUGCUUGGACCCUAGUCUAGUCUAUCAGCCUCACUGGUGAUGGUGUUGUCGGACAGGACAGGGCUUAGGGUGAUUGAGUGUGGUAUGUGCGGGGCAACCCAGGAAAAAAAUCUACCCCGCCAUGUGGGAGGGAGUCUGGCAUUGCAUUGCAUAGAUGAGCAGUAGAAAUGAAAUGAAGCGAUUCGUAGAUGAUGCUUUGGAUUGAAUGAACAUAUACACAAUUCGGUAAGGACUAGCAGUGUGUGUUGAAAAGUGCG